GUGCACGUAUUCUUGUAUUUGGUUUUGUAGACAAGGUAUCAGUAUGCUGCGAAAUAAGACAAAACUAUUACUGAGUGCCCUAAAAAAGGUGUUCUUACACAGUCAGUGCACAUAUUGUCAAAAAGCAAGAACUCUCUGCAUAAAGACAUUCAGAAGUCACUUAUAUCUUCAGAGGAAUUAUAGUUCCCCACCAGGUGAGGUAAAAUCUUUGCGGACUAUUAUCACGCCACCUGUGUCUAAAAUCCGUAAUAUUGGUAUCAUGGCUCACAUAGAUGCAGGAAAAACAACUACCACUGAAAGGAUGCUGUAUUAUUCAGGAUACAUAAGAAGUCUUGGAGAUGUUGAUGAUGGAGACACAGUUACAGAUUUCAUGGCUCAGGAACGGGAGCGUGGCAUCACCAUUCAGUCAGCUGCUGUGACUUUUGAUUGGGCGGGCCAUAGAAUCAACUUAAUAGAUACGCCAGGUCAUGUGGACUUUACAUUGGAAGUUGAACGGUCUCUGAGAGUCCUGGAUGGAGCAGUGGCUGUAUUUGAUGCCUCAGCUGGUGUGGAGGCACAGUCUCUGACAGUGUGGAGACAAGCAGACAAGCACCACAUACCACGGAUUUGUUUUUUAAACAAGAUGGACAAAACUGGAGCUAGUUUCAGUUAUGCUGUUGAGAGCAUUGAACAGAAGCUGAAGACCAAGCCUUUGCUUUUACAGUUGCCAAUCGGAGAGGCCAAGACCUUUAGAGGAAUAGUUGACAUUGUGACCAAGGAACGAGUUGUUUGGAAGUCUGCAGCUGGAUUUGAUGAUGGAAAGAACUUUGAGCGAAAACCUUUGAAAGAAGCAGACAGUCCUGACCUGUUCAAGGAUACAGUUGAUGCGAGAACUGCUUUAAUAGAACAAGUUGCAGAUCUGGAUGAUGAAUUUGCUGAACUGGUCCUUGGAGAGUUCAGUGAGAAUUUUGAUUCAUUGCCAGCUGAUAAGUUACAUUCUGCUGUACGAAGAGUCACCCUGGCACAGAAAGCAGUUCCUGUGUUUUGUGGGAGUGCAUUGAAAAAUAAAGGGGUUCAGCCAUUAUUGGAUGCCAUCACCAUGUACUUGCCUGCUCCAAAUGAGCGCAGUUAUGAAUUUUUGCAAUGGUAUAGGGAUGACUUGUGUGCUCUAGCAUUUAAAGUUAUUCAUGACAAACAGCGUGGACCAUUGGUAUUCGUGCGCAUUUACUCAGGCAUAAUGAAGCCUCAGUCGGCUGUCUACAAUAUUAACAAAAACUGCAUAGAGAGAAUGAGCCGCCUGCUGCUACCUUUUGCCGAUCAGCAAAUAGAGAUCUCUUCACUAACAGCUGGCAACAUUGCCCUGACAGUUGGGUUGAAACAGAGCGCCACUGGAGACACCAUUGUUUCAUCAAAGGCUUCUGCGAUGGCUGCAGCCCAGAGAGCUGAGAAAGAUGUGAGGUCAAACUGUGGUCAAACCCAUGGAGCUGAGAACCUUCUCUUGGCAGGCGUUGAGAUUCCAGAGCCAGUCUUCUUUUGUACAAUAGAGCCACCAUCCAUGGCCAGACAACCAGAUCUGGACCAUGCCUUGGCUUGCCUGCAGCGUGAGGAUCCCAGUCUGAAAGUCAAGAUAGAUGCUGAUACUGGACAAACUAUCCUUUGUGGCAUGGGAGAACUGCACAUUGAGAUCAUUCAUGACCGAAUCAAACGUGAAUACAGACUUGAGACCUACCUUGGACCUCUUCAGGUAGCUUACAGAGAAACCAUUCAAAAUGCAGUCCAAGCUACAGAUACACUGGACAGGAUUAUAGGAGAAAAACGACAUCAAGUGAAUGUUGAAUUGUGCCUUAGACCCUGGGAUGGAGAAUGGCCAGCAAUAGCACCAGUUAUUGAAUAUACUGAAAAUACAUGCAAUUUGCUUCAGCCAGAACUUCGUGAAGCUGUAGAGAAUGGAAUUCAUACCUCUUGUCUUCAAGGACCACUUUUGGGCGUUCCAGUUCAAGAUGUAGUCGUGACAGUGCAUGCAGUUGCUGCAAAUGCUGAUACUUCCCCAACAAUGGUUUCUGCUUGUGUUUCUCGGUGCAUGCAAAAGGCUUUGAAAAAAGCUGAUAAGCAAGUUCUGGAGCCUCUCAUGCACCUGGAAAUAACAGUGGAGGAGAGUCAUCUUGGUGCAGUGCUUGGGGACCUGGCACAAAGAAGAGGCAGCAUUCAAGAAAUUCAAAGUCGCCAAGAUAACAAAGUAGUGAUUGCGUCAGUUCCACUAGCAGAAACAAAGGGAUAUUCAACAGUUUUGCGCACUUUAACAUCUGGCUCUGGGACAUUCACUUUGGAACUGGCAAGCUAUCAAGCAAUGAGCCUACAUCAGCAAACUGUUCUGCUUAACAAGAGAAUUGGAUUAGUAUAACAUCAAAGAUGAAUAGAUGUGCUUCAGUCUGCAAAGUAACUGAGGUCUAGUGA